AUGGCUGAGCCUAUUCGCAACAAGCGCCUCGACCCGGCCACUGCGCCUACGCCGCAGAACACCCCUCUUCAGAAUGCGCCCAUCUCGUCGCAUGCCCAGCAGCCUGGCGUUGCCAGCAUUAAGGAGGAGGACUUCGAUCGCGCCGCCGCCGCUUCCAUUUUCGCCCAGAACCCUAAACUCGUUCAGAUGAUUCAGGGAAGACUCGGUUCUCUCGUCGGCCGAUCCUCCGGUUACGUCGAAUCGUUGCCCCCUCAGGUGCGCCGUCGUGUUGCCGGCCUGAAGGGUAUCCAGAAGGAGCACUCCAAGCUCGAGGCCGAGUUUCAGGAGGAGGUUCUCCAGCUUGAGAAGAAGUACUUCGCCAAAUUCACCCCUCUCUACGAGAAGCGUGCCAAGAUUGUUAAUGGAGGCUCUGAGCCUUCCGAGGAGGAGAUCAAGGCCGGCGAGGAGGAAGAUGAAGAGGAAGACGAGAUUGAGGAGGCUGAGAAGGACGAGAAGGCCGAUAAGCCCGCCGAGUCGUCUGAGCCUGUCUCUGGUAUCCCUGAGUUCUGGCUGUCCGCCAUGAAGAACCAGAUCUCCCUUGCCGAGAUGAUUACCGACCGCGACGAGGCCGCACUCAAGCACCUUGUCGAUAUUCGCAUGGAAUAUCUCGAUAAGCCUGGUUUCCGCCUCAUCUUUGAGUUCGCCGAGAACGAGUUCUUCACCAACAAGACCAUCACCAAGACCUACUUCUACCAGAACGAGAGCGGUUAUGGCGGCGACUUCAUCUACGACCACGCCGAGGGUGACAAGAUUGAGUGGAAGGAGGGCAAGGAUCUCACGGUCAGAGUUGAGAGCAAGAAGCAGAGAAACAAGAACACCAAGCAGACCCGUAUCGUCAAAAAGACGGUACCCACUGAGUCUUUCUUCAACUUCUUUUCCCCGCCUCAAGCCCCUACCGAUGAGGACGAUGACGCUGCCUCCGACAUUGAGGAGCGUCUCGAGCUCGACUACCAGCUUGGCGAGGACAUCAAAGAAAAGCUUAUUCCGCGUGCGAUCGACUGGUUCACUGGCGAGGCAUUGGCCUUUGAGGAGCUGGAUGACGACGACCUGGAGGGUGACUACGACGACGAGGACGACGAGGACGAGGAUGAUCUCAGCGAGGGCGGUGAUGAUGACGAGGAAUCUGAGGACGAUGAUGACACCGGCAAACCCAAGCAGGAGGCGGCCGAGUGCAAGCAGAGUUGA